AUGAUGGGGAACGGUGAAGAUGGCCGUUGCGUAUUUCCCUUGACAAGUUUACAAAUUGGGGAUUUGCAGUCCUAUCUUUCACAUCUUAAUCUAUUUCUGGCCCCUGAAAGUAGAAAACUCUAUAUCUUGGUGGACAAUCGGCCAUGGUUGAAAGAUCUUGGUUCCAAGCCUACGCAUUUUUGGCAAUUGAUGGUCACUAAGUCUAGGAUGUCCCCCUUUGCAAACUCUAGAGGGAACAAGGAGAGAAAGGUGACAGGUGAAUUUUCAGAGUUACCUGCUUCUUCCAAAUUAAAUUCAGGCAAAUCGAAGAAGUUCAAAAUGUGGUUAUCAUUGAUUGAUGCUGCAAUGUUAUCCCGGAAGAGGUCUUUGCUUCCUGUAAAGAAGCUUAGGAACUCUUUGAUUUUCAAUAGCAAGUUGAAUAGAACCUUGUAUGGCUUUAUUGUAUUCGAGGUCGCAUGGUGUAAUGUGCGUGGCAUCAACUAUUUUAAUGAGCUUCAGACUGAUACAUCACUGGCAAUAGAAGCUAAAUUCAUGAGAAGAUGGGAAUUCGAUAGUAUAGAGCAAGCUGUGAGAUGCAUGUCUUCAUGGUUCCCUGGGACACCAAAUGAGCAGACUUUUGUGAAAGAUUAUUUGGACACUAGAGAAACUGGGGAGAUUUUCCAUGAUGCUCAAGAUAAUUUUCCGAUGAUGAACAAUGUGGAUAAUGAUGACUCUGUUAGUGGUGAUGUGUGUAGCGGGGAUGAUUCUCCUAUCUGUCCCAGUGGUUGCGCUGUAUACUCAGAAAACGUGGAAAAUAGAAUUGGACUGCAUACACCACCUCCCCCUGACGCCCCUUGUAAGAGAAGGAAAGUUAUGAAGUGUAUUGAUAGUGAUGUUGACCUCGACAUUUAUUCUGAAGAAGCAGACUCUGAAAGUGAUCAAACGCCAGAACAUUAUCCGACCUCUUGUGUAAGUGAUUGCGAGGACAUAGUUGAAGCUACACAUUACAGGGAUGUUCUAUUAUUACUUCGGUUCAAUGAUCGAGACCUUCCUUUUAAAUUGAAGGAAAUAAUUAUGUCUGACUUGCGGGUACUCACUCUACUUGAAUCUGGGCUUCCAUCUUGGGUGAUUUUCCUUCAGUCUUACCCAGUAUUUUGCCAUUUUUAUCGUCCAUGGAUGUGCCCUUUGGCAAGAACUUUUUAUGUGCUUAUUUCAGUUGUCACUGUCCUCAUUGGAUUUUAUGACUUGUACAAAAAUGUACCCGUUCUUAAGGCAACUGCUUCUGGUUUAUGUGGACCCCUUUUUGAUUGGAUAGAAACCUGGGAAAUGAUUUCAAGAAUUAAAUAUUUGGGAACUAUGUUGUUUCUGCAUAAUUUUCAGAAGGCCGUCCAGUGGUUUCUUAUGAUGGCACGAACAAUGCGGUCAUUUCUUUCCAUAUUUCCACAGCCAAUUGUAGGACCUCUUUUGGAGUUAUUAGAUUUCUUCCUUCCUGUUUGGAGUAUGUGCAUACAACUUGUAGAGAGUUUCUUGUCAGUAAUUUGGAUUAUAGUGGAGUCUUCUUGCAUAGUAAUGGGAACUUUUUUCGAGAUUCUACUACUUCCAUUGUGGUAUAUUCUCUCACUAUUGUGGAGUGUUGCAACAUCCAUCAUAUACCCUAUAUUCUGGAUUCUCUGGGAAAUACUCUAUGCUCCGAUCCGAUUGGUCCUUGGAUUGUGUAACCUUGUGGCUUUCAUAUUUAGUUCCACAUAUGAUUUAGUUGGAGAUAUUUGUAUGUUUGUGAGCGGUGUCUUUCAGUUCACUUCAAGUGUUGAGUCAACAGUGAGUUCAUACGAGGUUUCAAUGUGGCGUUCUCUUUGGAAUGACCUUUUUUCCCAGGUUUUCCGCGCUCUACGAAGCAUUCUCAAUGGUUUUGUGGCCUUUUUCACUGCCUGCAACAGGCACCGUCUAAGCAUAUAUAAUCACGUGAAGGAGUUUAUCCGAAGAUUAUCACAUGCUGCCAAGAGAACACGGUAUCAAGGAAAUAGUCACAGGAGGAGGCCUGGAGCCCAAAAAACAGAGUAA